CGCGGGCGGUCGUCGCGCUCCGCAGCCCAAAUGCACGUGCGUGCGGGAUCACACAUUAAUCGACUAUUAAUUAUUAUUGUGCUACAGUGACAUUAAUUGCACUUGUUGAUCGGUGGUCGCGUUUGUGAUUUUUUGCGUCCGACUAAAAGUGCUCCGUGGAGUUUCUUUCAUUAACCUGAACAACAAUGCAAAUCAGUGCGAGUUAGUGUAGUGUGGCACACUGCGCAGUGAGUGGUGACGUCAUGAUGUAACAGUGGCUCGGUACAAUGUGGUCGGUCAAGUGGCGGCUGAUGCUGAUGCUGGCGGCGGUCUGGGCGCAAGAGGGCGAGUGGAGCGAGGAUGCUGAGGACUUGGUGUCGACAGUGGACGUGGACGCGGUGCUGGGCCGCACGGCGUCGCUGCCGUGUGACGUCACGCCCGACACAAACGAGGACCGCGUUUACAUGGUGCUCUGGUUCCGCGCCGGGAAGGCCACCGGAGGGAAACCCAUAUACAGUUUCGACGUUCGGGGCCGGUCGUUCAACAAGGCGCUGCAGUGGUCGGACCCCAACGCGUUUGGUCCGCGGGCCUACUUUGCGACCGUGGCCCGGCCGGCUUCUCUGACCCUGGACACGGUGCAGUUGGAUGAUGAGGGCGUGUACCGGUGUCGAGUCGACUUCAAAAACUCGCCGACCAGAAACUUCCAGAUCCGCCUCGCUGUUAUUGCACCUUACAAAUUCUUGCAAAUAGCAGUCACAUGCUAUCUCUCCAGCUCAUUUGUUCGUGCUCCGUCGUACCACGAGCAGGUGAAUGGUUUCCGCGAUAGUGGAUACUGCGGGUAG